AUGAUUUUUGUGCCAACAGCGGCCGUGGCAUUUUUUGGCUGGUUUGAGGAGUUUGGUGUGAGUUAUAAGGUGCAGGCUUAUUUGAUACAAGUGCAUUUUGUGUGUGAGUUCUUUUUUUUAUGGGUUGGUUUUGCCACCUGGCGAAAUUCUGAGAUUUUUGGAAUCUUCUUUAUUAAAAAGAUUUAUUCAAAAAAUGUUUUUUUUUCAAAAAAGAAUUUUUUUUUACAAAACUAAUUUGCAGUGAUAUCCCUAUGCAUUCUAAUAAUCUUCAAAGAUCGCUACGAUUUCAUAGUUGUUCAGAACGUCAAACUCCACUACAAAAUCAUUUAUUAUCUAGCAAAUCUCAUUUUUGGCUGCUUGAUUCUGCUCCCAAGUUACAUUCCAAACAUUGAUAAUGAUUUGGAAAAGUCGAAAAUCUUUGAACAAUAUCCUUUCAUGCCUCCCAGAUUUUUUGCCUCUCAAACCCAUGUGGUCACGGAUAAUCCCACCCUGGCAGUUAGCCUAAUUUGCUUUGAAAUCUUGUUGAUAAUUGUGCAAAUGCUCUAUUUUACCAGCUAUACAAUCUGGUUUCUCCGCGAAAAAUCAUCGCAUUUAUCCGAUGAGACUAGGAAAAUGCAGUUGCACACAAUUUUCUCCCUUAUUUUACAAACUGUUGUACCAAUUUUGAUUCUUGGAGUUCCAGUGAUUCUCAGCGGAUUUUUCUUUUUCCUGGAGAGCUAUGCAAAGGGUAAAUAGAGCUUCGGUUUGCCACGUCAUAACAAUUUUCUUUGCAGUUUUUGAUAUUGCUACAGCUGCAGUUAUCCUAAGUCAUGGCUUUUUCUCAUCAAUUUGUAUCAUUUAUAUUCAUCGGCCUUACCGGAGAUAUACGAAAAAUUUGAUUUUAUGUGGAGAAAAUCGGAUUGGAUAUACAUUUUGA